AUGUGCCGAUUGGGCGAUUCUAAAGGCUUGAGCGACUGGCUUCCAGAGGCCAUUGAACACAGGGAGAAACGUUUUGAGGGAGGUUGGGUAUCAGGUGUCACUUCUGAUCCCAAUGAACAAAGUUCUUAUUCUGGCAUAUGGGACUCAAAGCCAAUUCUCGGUACCAGCGUAUUACAUGUAGCAGCAUACAGAGGCAAUAUUGAAGCUUUAGAAUUUGGAAUAGUUGAAAAACAUCUCAAGUUAGCUCCCCUCCAGAGAGUUGUUGAAGAAAGUGAAGAUAUUAUUGGCACAGAUAAUCGCAUCCACAUUGCUUCGGAGAGAUUUAUACUGUGUGACGAUAUUGAUUAUGUCAAAGCACUGUCCAAGAAUGGAUGGAACCCGGGAAGCACAUGUAGUUGCGGGUGCACAAUUCUUUUAGCGGUCCUCCAUGACAGGCUCGUCGAACUUGCAGAUCAUUUCGUUGAUGCUGGUGUAACAGUUAAAGGCGCUAUAAUGGAAUCUUGCACCGCAACAACUAUCACAGAGCUUUUACCUCCAGGGCUCCCACGACGAGGCAGUAUAGUCGUUGAAACUCUUAAAUCCCGACAAUCUCUGGAAGGUUCCACAUCUCUUGAUCUUGCCACCGGUUUUGGAGACUCAAAACUUGUACAAAAGAUCUUGAAUAGAAGUCAACCCUCCAGUCCACAAAUAUUACGUGCAUUGCAUACGGCGGUAUUGAAUAGCCAUGCAGGAUGUGUUAGAAUCCUUCUUCAUCGGCUAGCUGUCCAAAGUCGUAACAAGAAUUGCCUCGAGGCCGAGCAUAGAGUGAUCACUCACCCUGAGUAUCUCUCGGCACCAUUACUUUUUGCAGAGCACAAUGGCAGUCUCAGACUUAGGCACGAGCCUCUAGCUACUGCACUAAACUUAGCGGCAAACUGUUCAAAUGACUCCUUUCGGGUCAUAAACGAGCUUCUCUCACAUGGUACAAAUCUAGAAGCUCGUGAUCAAUAUGGAGACACAGCGCUUCAUCAUGCUUUGCUCAAUGGAAAUUUAAGAGUAGCUAUGGCAUUGAUGUUUGCUGGCGCAAGCGUCAACUCUUUAAGCGGCGGAAAGCAAAGUCCAAUCCAAUUGGCCGUGACGCAUUGUGCGCCAAAUACAGUUGUCCUUUUGCACAAGUUUGGAGCAAGCCUAGAGACUGAUCUGUACAACAGAGAAGAUCUACUGUCAGUUGCUAUUCAAAGAUCUAGCCCUGAAAUGGUACAUACUUUGAUGGGAUUGGGUAUGAAUUUGAACAUGGAAGACCAUGCAGGAGUAACAGUCUUAUUUACAGCUUUGAAGUAUCUCGAAAAAGACUUCAUUCUCGAACGUUUACCGGAAAGUGAUGUUAUUCGACAUCCAAGGCUGGGCACGACGCUAAGCCAGGCGUCAGCCCAAAGCUUUUCAAAAAUAGUCUCUGUUCUGCCCAGCCGCGAAUUCAAGAUUUCAGGAGACGUAGAACAAUACGUGAACCACGCUGGAGAAGAUGGCGCGCCGCUCUAUUUAGCAGCAAUGGGAAAGAAAAUCAAUUCAAGGGUGGAGUGUAUGGAGCUUCUAAUCCGCCAUGGUGCUAAGAUUAAUCUUGUCAGUGAACCUCAGGGAACCCCCCUCAUGGCCGCAUGCUAUUAUGGUGCGUAUGAUUCCGUGGUGUGUUUAUUGAAGCAUGGGGCAAGUACCACAUGUAAGAAGCUCAACGGAAUCGAAAGCACUGCCAUGCAGUCAACAUACUUGCACAAGGAUAUAAUGAUAUUGCUGCAAAACUUCAAAGAUAACGGGACAAAGGCUUUAGAGGAGCCAAGAACAGUCAUGAAUGCAAAUAUUCCAAUGCUUGAGUUGUGUAUGUUGAGAUUGGAGAAUGAUGAGAAGGAAGCGGAACGAGAAAAUCACUUAAGUCUGUUUAAGGAGGCUUCCUCUCAGCCUUGGUGGACCGAAGAUGUAGAUACAGAUGAGGACUAG